AUGCCGACAAAUAUACUUUUGGCUCCGACAAAAAUGCCGGGUAAAACUGAUUUAUCAUCAUCAACUACAACACUCGAUCUUUCUAUUAAAUCAUCAUCUAUUAAACUAUCUAAAUCACCUGAACGACAAAUGUCAACAUCGUCAUCUUCAUCAUCAUCAUCAUCAUCAUCAUCAUCAACAACAACAACAACAGCAACAGUACAAAAGUCUUUAUCACCAUCGAAAAUACCGACACCAACAACUGAUCCAGGUGGUGGUUCAACAAUAGAUAGUGAUGAAGUAAAAGUAUUUGGCUGUGAAAAACAUGAAGAAGAUGUUGAUAUUGAUGGUGAUGCUAAUAGCGAUCGACUUUCACCCGUUAUUAAAGAAGAAGAAUCAUCACCACAACAAGGAUCAUCGACUAGUCUUGAUCGUUUGAACAGUGAACAUCAAUUCCAUAGUUUUUUUCCAUAUUUUAUUUCUCCGUAUUAUCAUGCAGCAGCAGCAGCUAGUAGUGCAACAUCACCUUUUGAUAAAAUGGCUCCAUUAGGUUCUUUAUCAAAAUUCAUGUCGCCACCUCCUGCUCAUAUAUCUAGUGCCAAUUUAUGCAUUGAUCCAAGUACAGGUGUACCUAAUUCAAUGUAUUCAUUAUCAUCACCAUCUUCUUUUCAAUCACUUUAUGCUCAACAUUGGCGUCCACCUAUGUUUCCAUUUGUAUUUCCACCUGGAUAUCCAUUUUCUGCAGGUGUUCUCUCUCAAGGUUCAUCAUCACCACAUACAACCAGUGGACAUUCAUCAUCAAUAAUAACUCAUAACAAUAGUCCAUUAUCACAAAAACGAUCAACAACACAUAGAUCUAUGGAUAAUAGUUCACAACAUCAUCAUCAACAACAACAUCAUAAACUUUCAAUGUCUCACGAUGAUAAUAAACAAAAAAAACCUCAUAUUAAAAAACCAUUGAAUGCUUUUAUGUUAUUUAUGAAAGAACAACGAGCUCAAGUUGUACAAGAAUGUACAUUACGUGAGAGUGCAGCAAUAAAUCAAAUUCUUGGUCGAAAAUGGCAUGAACUUGAUCGUAAUGUUCAACAAAAAUAUUAUGAUAUGGCACGUGAUGAACGUAUGAAACAUAUGCAAUUGUAUCCAGGAUGGUCAGCUCGAGAUAAUUAUGGUUCAAGAAAAAAACGUGGAAAUAAAGGAAAAAAACGAGAAAAGAGUCAAGGUGAAAAUGGAGAAUGUCUUAAUCAGAAAAAAUGUCGUGCAAGAUUUGGUCUUGAUCAACAAUCGAAUUGGUGUAAACAUUGCAAACGAAAGAAAAAAUGUCUUCGUUAUACAGAAGAUGAAACAGCUUGUGCAGGACCUAAUUCAGUUGGUGGUGGUCCAUGGAGUGAAGAAGAUGAUGCUGAUAAUAUUGAUGAUUCAGAUGAUGGUAUUGAUCAUUGUGAUAUACCAAUGAUGGAACAUCCUGAAGAAAGAAAUACAAAUGAAGAUGAAGAAAAUAAAUCACGUAUAUUAAUACAUCAACAACCACCAAAUUCAAAUGGUAGUGGUUCAUCUUCAUCAACAAAUGGAACUGUACCAAUGGCUAUGAUGACAACAGCAACAUCAAGAAAAGAUUCAUCAUCAUCAUCGUCAUCACCACAAACUUCUUUUCUUCAUCAUUCUCAUCAUCGAUAUCCAAUAGCACCGCCAGGAACUCAUUUUUCUCCUCAUCCUCAUCCUCAUCCUCAUCCUCAUCAUCAUCCUUAUUUUGAUUCAUUUUUACAACCAACACCGAUGCCUCUUUUAAACGGACUUAAACGAGAGACAUAG